AUGGCCGUCACCUCUAUUUCAACCCCUUUCGAUUGUACCCUUCCUUCCAGCAGCUCUGGUAGCUCCAUUAAAAAGCCCAUCAAAGCAGUCUCCAAGCCAUGCUUUGGGUGUGACUGCGGCGAUGAAGAGUGCGAUUGUUGCAUAUGCAUUGUGAUGUGA